AGUAAAAGAUUAGUUUGAGUGAUUAUUUGAGCUAAAGUAUUCGAAAAUGUUGACAAAUUUCGAGACCAAGUCGGCCCGUGUCAAAGGUUUAUCGUUCCAUCCUAAACGUCCAUGGAUUCUUGCAAGUUUGCAUAGUGGCGUCAUACAGCUGUGGGAUUAUCGCAUCAGCACAUUAAUCGAAAAGUUUGACGAACAUGAUGGCCCGGUACGCGGCAUUGCAUUCCAUAACCAGCAGCCGCUCUUCGUUUCGGGUGGCGAUGAUUUCAAAAUCAAAGUAUGGAAUUAUAAGCAGCGUCGCUGUAUCUUCACGCUAUUGGGCCACUUAGACUAUGUGCGGACAACGGUAUUUCACCAUGAGUAUCCUUGGAUUCUGAGUGCUUCUGACGAUCAAACCAUUCGCAUAUGGAACUGGCAGUCUCGCUCUUGCAUCUGUGUGUUGACUGGCCACAACCAUUACGUGAUGUGCGCCCAAUUCCACAUGAGUGAUGAGGACAUAAUUGUAUCGGCGUCGUUGGAUCAAACUGUUCGCAUUUGGGAUAUUUCUGGGCUUCGUAAGAAAAACGUAGCACCUGGUCCUGCAGGGUUGGACGACCAUUUGAAAAACCCAGGAACGGCAGAUCUGUUUGGUCAAGCGGACGCUGUUGUAAAACACGUUCUCGAAGGCCACGAUCGUGGGGUUAAUUGGGCCAGUUUUCACCCCUCGAUGCCGCUGAUAGCGUCGGGUGCGGACGAUCGUCAAGUGAAGCUCUGGCGCAUGAACGAGUACAAGGCAUGGGAGGUAGACACUUGCCGUGGUCACUAUCAUAACGUUUCGUGUGUACUGUUCCAUCCUCGGGCCGAUCUGAUCAUCUCUAAUAGCGAAGACAAAAGCAUACGUGUGUGGGAUAUGACUAAACGGCAGUGUAUCCACACUUUUCGGCGCGAAAAUGAACGUUUUUGGAUCCUGGCGGCUCACCCUAAUUUGAAUCUGUUUGCGGCUGGACACGAUUCAGGUACGAUUGUUUUCAAGCUUGAAAGAGAGCGUCCGGCAUAUGCAGUGUACGGAAAUUGCUUAUACUACGUAAAGGAAAGAUUUCUUCGUGAACUGGACUUCAACACAAACACCGACGCGGUAGUCAUGACUAUUCGUGGUGGGGGGAAGAUGCCGGUAUACAGCAUGUCUUACAAUCCCGCCUUGAACGCGGUUCUACUUUGCACGAGAACGUCCAAUUUGGAGAACAGUACGUACGAUUUGUACAGCAUCCCGCAAAAAGAUAGCGGAUCACAGAACAAAGAAACGGACAGCAAGCGCUCAUCGGGAGUGACGGCCGUCUGGGUAGCGCGAAACCGAUUUGCUGUUCUGGAUCGUACCAACCAGCUCGUGAUAAAGAACUUCAAAAACGAGGUAACAAAGAAAGUUCAGACUCCCGUCUGCGAUGAGAUAUUCUACGCAGGCACUGGCAUGUUGUUGUUACGUGAACCGGAGCAUGUGACACUCUUUGAUGUUCAGCAACUAAGAUCGCUGGCGCAGGUCAAAAUUGCCAAAUGUAAGUACGUGGUAUGGUCGACGGAUAUGAGCCACGUAGCAUUGUUGGCCAAACAUACGCUCAACAUUUGUAAUCGCCGAUUGGAUCUGCUCUGUUCCAUCCAUGAGAGUGCUCGCAUCAAAUCCGGAGCAUGGGAUGAAUCGGGCGUCUUCAUCUACACCACAUCUAACCACAUUAAGUACGCGAUCAUUAACGGUGAUCACGGCAUUAUUCGUACUCUCGAUCUUCCGAUCUACAUAACACGCGUCAAGAACAGUCAGGUGUUCUGUUUGGAUCGCGAAUGUCGCACCCGACUGUUAACGAUCGACACCACCGAGUACAAGUUCAAGCUGGCAUUAAUCAACCGCAAGUAUGAGGAGGUGCUGCACAUGGUACGCAACGCUCGGUUGGUCGGUCAGAGCAUCAUUGCUUAUCUGCAGCAGAAGGGUUAUCCAGAGGUGGCCCUGCAUUUCGUUAAGGACGAAAAAACCCGUUUUGGAUUGGCACUUGAAUGCGGUAACAUCGAGGUAGCCCUGGAGGCGGCUAAAGCAAUGGAUGACAAACAAUGUUGGGAGCGGUUAGCUCAAAGUGCCCUUAUGCAGGGCAACCAUCAAGUUGUAGAGAUGUGCUACCAACGCACGAAAAAUUUCGAUAAACUCUCUUUCCUUUACCUAAUUACGGGCAAUUUGGAAAAAUUGAAAAAAAUGAACAAGAUAGCUGAAAUUAGGAAGGAUGUAUCGGCGCAAUAUCAGGGUGCUUUGUUACUUGGUGACGUUAAAGAGCGCGUGUCGAUCUUGAAAAACUGCAAGCAAACGUCUCUAGCGUAUCUGACGGCCAAAACGCAUGGUCUUGAGGAUGAUGCAGUCCAACUAGCAGAAGAAAUAGUGGCCGAUGGCAAGGAUCUGCCGGAGGUGUACGUCAAUGCUAAAUUCCUUCGGCCGCCGGUUCCGAUACAGCAGGCUGAAAGUAACUGGCCUUUGCUAACCGUCUCAAAAGGAUUCUUCGAGGGAACCAUGAUGUCACGCGGGGCCACAACUGUUCAUCAAGCGCUAGCACCAAGCGAAACGGUCGCUGAAGCUGCCACCGAGGAAGACGGAUGGGGUGUAGAUGAUGAUAUGCAAGAUGGCGAUCGGUUCGAAGAUGCUAAAGAGGACGAUGAUACCAGAACCGGUGGCGAUGGAGGCGAUGGAGCAGGCUGGGAUGUUGGUGACGAUGACCUGGAGCUUCCUGAGGAGCUGAUGUCUAAAAUAUCUGCCUCCAACGCAACCGGGAACAAAAGCUUUUUCGCUGUUCCACCCAAAGGACAUGUGCCGUCCCAUUUUUGGUCGCUUAAUUCGCAACUGGCGGCUGACCACGUACGGGCCGGGUCUUACGACUCUGCCUGUCGCUUGCUGAAUGAUCAGGUCGGUGUGGUCAACUUUGAACCUUAUCAAGGGCUCUUUUUAGAGUCGUUUGUUGCCUCUAGAACGUCGUACCGAGGCCUUCCACACGUACCGGCACUGUCGGCGUAUCCCAAUCGUAACUGGAAAGAGCUGAACCCUAAGAACGGUCACCCUGUUCUAGCAUUCAAGUUAAACGAUCUGGUGCAAAGCCUACAGAACUGUUAUCAGUUGACAACGACCGGGAAAUUCGGAGAAGCGAUCGAAAAGCUUCAAUACAUAAUCUUGUGCAUUCCACUACUAAUAGUUGAAACACGCCAAGAAAUCGCGGAAGCGCAACAAUUGUUAACUAUUUGCCGGGAAUAUGUGGUCGGUUUACAGAUGGAAACAGAACGGAAAAUUCUGCCGAAGAAUACGCUCGACGAGCAAAAGCGGAUUUGUGAACUAGCGGCAUAUUUCACGCAUGUCAACCUACAGCCCGUGCAUCAGAUUCUUACGCUACGUACCGCACUAAAUUUGUUUUUCAAACUGAAGAAUUACAAGACGGCGGCUUCGUUCGCACGUCGAGUCUUGGAGCUAGGCCCACGGCCUGAAGUGGCGCAGCAAGCACGAAAGAUAUUGCAGGCUUGUGAGAUGAACGAAGUGGAUGAACACACCUUACUAUACGACGAGCAUAAUCCCUUCACACUGUGCGCCGUUACAUACAGACCGAUAUACCGCGGAAAAGCAGAAGAAAAAUGUUCGCUGUGCGCGGCUUCGUACCAACCGCCUUACAAAGGUAUAACAUGCGUCGUGUGCAAGGUAGCUGAGGUAGGGAAAGACGUGAUCGGCUUACGGAUCAGCACAGCGCAGUUUAAGUAAAAGUAAAAGCUUGAAUGAAUGAUAAAUGAAUUACAAAAUGUCACGCAAGAUGCGAUACAAAAUAAUCCGGAUGCUGUAUUGACUUCUUACCUGUAACAAAGAAUGACUGUAACAGAAUCCGAGCAGAAAGCUGAUGUGGUACAUGAAAAAAUAUGUCAUCGGAA